AUGCACAGGAGGAUAGCACGAGCCUUUGUAAAUCUAGGGUAUAAAGAAGAUGAGCUACCCAUACUUCUUGAACCAGUUGAGGAAAAUGAUGACGAGCAGAAUCACACCGAAACGGAAGAUGACCCAAGGAUCUCUCAAGAAGAUCUAGAACGCAUCAAACCAAGCAAGCAACGGUCCAGCUAUCGUCUUUUGUGGCUGGCCAUUAUCACGUGUUUAAUUUUGACGGUUUCCCUUCUCGUGGGUCUGCUGAUAAUUUCCGCGAAAAUUGGUCGCAGGUGUGGAUGCUCUGAACAAAAUGGUUAGGUUUUAUUCAAGUUUUUCUCCUUUUUUAUUGAAAUUUCUUUAUAUCUUAAUUUAAGACCCAGUUACAAAGCUUAAAUUGUUUGAUUGUGUGUUUUGUUUACUUUAACCGUGUCUCCUGCGACGGACUGAUUCCUAUUUCAGGGGCCCAACACCAUAAAAAUCAGCUGACUAAGAAGGAUUUCCUAGGGGAGAAUGAGACAAGCAUUUCUGAUUUGGUAAGGGACGUAAGAGAGAAUAACCAAUACGAAAAAGCUCCCUAAUAUUUUAAAAAACCGAUGGGGCAUAGUCAGAGGAGGUUACGUUCAUCCCAAGACACUUUUUCCCCUUCCCCUAAACAGAAACACCCCUGGAACUAGCUAACCAAAGUGCUUAUCUGCAACAAGAAAUACAAUAACUGUUCAGGUGAAUAUACGAUAUUUGGAUAUUUUUAUUGAAUUUCAAGAUUAAUGCCUCCAAUUGUCCUUAAAUCAGACAUUGAAGUCUACAUCGGAUAAAGGAAAUGAUGACCUCACUGGGGUAAAAGCACUAUAACAAGGGUAAUAUUAUCUGUAAGCCUGUGCUUUCUUUGCUGAGAAAUGUGUUCGACUUCUUUGAAACGUGUGUCCAUCUUGUAACAAAUGUCGGUUACUUUUUCCGAUUACAUUUUUAACGAACCGCCUCCCAUUUUAGGGUAAUUUAGUAUUAUCACCUGAGUUGAUAACGUAAAUUGACCACCGUAAAAGAGUUUAAAAGCUGACGUUUCGCAAAUCGCUCUAACGAACUUAGCCAACUUACAUUAUCAACCCAGUUGAUAAUACUAAAUUACCCUGUUAUACUCUCCCACCGACGCAACACCACAGUUUCUUUAGAAACUUACCCCUUUAUUCAUUUAUCCAUCGUGAUAGCUUGAAUACCUCAGCUCUACUAUGAUCAAAGUGGAGGCCGCAGUGGAUGAAACAAAGAAUGACAUCGCCAAAUUGAACAGAACGACAUCAACGGUAAAGAUUUUACUGUUGCCUAGUUAAGGGUUCUAAAAAAUGUCAUUUGGUAAUUACUCACUAUAUAGAUUACAACAUUUGUGGCUGUACCCUAAGAACGAGUGUCGAAUUAUUCUAAAAUCAAUUAUUAGAAAUAGGGCCGGAAACUCUUAAAAUGUGUAAGCUUCUACCUGAAGGAAAAAACUGAUAAUGCCGAAAGAAGUUAAGUGUAUCUUCACGUUAGGUUGAAAAUCUCAACUCUUCGAUGAACGAGGUGAAGGCCGCAGUGGAUGGAGCAAAGAAUGAUAUCGCCAAACUGAACAGAACGACAACAACGGUAAAGAUUUUAUAGUUUCUUAGUUAAGGAUUCUAAAAAAUGUCAUUUGAUAAUUACUCACUAUCUAUCAUGGAGUAAGUAGCGAGUAGCCAGUUAGAUUACAACAUUUGUAGCAAUACCCUAAGAACGAGUGUGGAAUUAUUCUAAAAUCAAUUAUUAGAAAUAGGGCCGGAAGCUCUUAAAAAGUGCAAGCUUCUACCUGAAGGAAAAAACUGAAAAUGCCGAAAGAAGUUAAAUAUUGUAUCUUUAUCUUCACGUUAGGUUGAAAAUUUCAACUCUGCGAUGAACGAGGUGAAAGCCGCAGUGGAUGGAACAAAGAAUGACAUCGCCAAACUGAACAGAACGACAACAAUGGUAAAGAUUUUACAGUUUCUUAGUUAAGGAUUCUAAAAAAUGUCAUUUGGUAAUUACUCACUAUCUAUCAUGGAGUAAGUAGCGAGUAGCCAGUCAGAUAACAACAUUUGUAACAGUACCCUAAGAACGAGUGUGGAAUUAUUCUAGAGUCAAUUAGAAAUAGGGCCGGAAACUCUUAAAAAGUGCAAGCUUCUACCUGAAGGAAAAAACUGAUAAUGCCGAAAGAAGUUAAAUAUUGUAUCUUUAUCUUCACGUUAGGUUGAAAAUUUCACUUCUGCGAUGAACGAGGUGAAAGCCGCAGUGGAUAGAACAAAGAAUGACAUCGCCAAACUGAACAGAACGACAACAACGGUAAAGAUUUUACAGUUUCUUAGUUAAGGAUUCUAAAAAAUGUCAUUUGAUAACUACUUACUAUCUAUCAUGGAGUAAGUAGCGAGUAUCCAGUUAGAUUACAACAUUUGUAGCAAUACCCCAAGAACGAGUGUGGAAUUAUUCUAAAAUCAAUUAUUAGAAAUAGGGCCGGAAGCUCUUAAAAAGUGCAAGCUUCUACCUGAAGGAAAGAAACUGAUAAUGCCGAAAGAAGUUAAAUAUUGUAUCUUUAUCUUCACGUUAGGUUGAAAAUUUCAACUCUGCGAUGAACGAGGUGAAAGCCGCAGUGGAUGGAACAAAGAAUGACAUCGCCAAACUGAACAGAACGACAACAAUGGUAAAGAUUUUACAGUUUCUUAGUUAAGGAUUCUAAAAAAUGUCAUUUGGUAAUUACUCACUAUCUAUCAUGGAGUAAGUAGCGAGUAGCCAGUCAGAUAACAACAUUUGUAGCAAUACCCUAAGAACGAGUGUGGAAUUAUUCUAGAGUCAAUUAGAAAUAGAGCCGGAAACUCAUAAAAAGUGCAAGCUUCUACCUGAAGGAAAAAAACUGAUAAUGCCGAAAGAAGUUAAUUAUUGUAUCUUUAUCUUCACGUUAGGUUGAAAAUUUCAACUCUGCGAUGAACGAGGUGAAAGCCGCACUGGAUGGAACAAAGAAUGACAUCGCCAAACUGAACAGAACGACAACAAUGGUAAAGAUUUUACAGUUUCUUAGUUAAGGAUUCUAAAAAAUGUCAUUUGAUAAUUACUCACUAUCUAUCAUGGAGUAAGUAGCGAGUAUCCAGUUAGAUUACAACAUUUGUAGCAAUACACUAAGAACGAGUGUGGAAUUAUUCUAAAAUCAGUUAUUAGAAAUAGGGCCGGAAACUCUUAAAAAAUACAAGCUUCUACCUGAAGGAAAGAAACUGAUAAUGCCGAAAGAAGUUAUAUAUUGUAUCUUUAUGUUCACGUUAGGUUGAAAAUUUCAACUCUGCGAUGAACGAGGUGAAAGCUGCAGUGGAUGGAACAAAGAAUGACAUCGCCAAACUGAACAGAACGACAACAAUGGUAAAGAUUUUAAAGUUUCUUAGUUAAGGAUUCUAAAAAAUGUCAUUUGGUAAUUACUCACUCUCUAUCAUGGAGUAAGUAGCGAGUAGCCAGUCAGAUAACAAUAUUUGUAACAGUACCCUUAGAACGACUGUGGAAUUAUUCUAAAGUCAAUUAGAAAUAGGGCCGGAAACUCUUAAAAAGUGCAAGCUUCUACCUGAAGGAAAAAAACUGAGAAUGCUGAAAGAAGUUAAAUAUUGUAUCUUUAUGUUCACGUUAGGUUGAAAAUUUCAACUCUGCGAUGAACGAGGUGAAAGCUGCAGUGGAUGGAACAAAGAAUGACAUCGCCAAACUGAACAGAACGACAACAAUGGUAAAGAUUUUACAGUUUCUUAGUUAAGGAAUCUAAAAAAUGUCAUUUGGUAAUUACUCACUCUCUAUCAUGGAGUAAGUAGCGAGUAGCCAGUCAGAUUACAAGGAUCAGAGCUUAACAGCACCGUAAUCAAGGUAAAAUUGGGUCCACACAUGUUUGAAGACUUCGAAUGACCAGACAAGUUCAUUCUAGCUACGUUCCUGUUUAAAAGCUGUGAAUGCAUUUAUCACUUAACUUGUAAAUCUUUAUUCGUGCUCGAAUCAGGUAAAGCCUACAUUGGACAGAACAAGCAAAGAUAUAACAGACCUGAAAUGUAGAGUGACAAAGGUAAGCGUUUGUGUAAUGUUUGCACUUGUGACAUAGCAAAUGAGAAGCUAGAAUUUUCUUUGUCCGUUUUGUCUGCUUGCAGUACUUUGAUAAUAUUCCCGCAGAUUAAGGUAUUGAAGUUUGUUACUAAAUCCUAAAUUUACAGCAGUUGUAAAAAUUUAGCGUUUUUAUUUACUUUUCUCGUAAUGUGUCUUUAGUUUUUACUAUUUAUAAUUUUCCACUGUUUGGACAUCGCUCAUUUUCUAAAUUUCCAUUUUGCAUUUAGUUAUUCUCAGUUUUAUUUCUUUCAUAUCCCACUGCAUUCAUUCGCACACAAAUCCGCGCAUGUACUAAAAAUCCUUUCGUUUGAUCACUGUGAUGCAUCCUCCUAAUCCAACAUUUUGCGCUCACGAUAACUUUGAUACUUGUAUCUCCUGGCAAGUAAGCCACAUUUUCCUUUAUAUAUAAGUUAUAACGUUAAUAGAGGUCCCAUUUUAAUUUGGAUACCGCUCUCCCUACUCUAACCGAGUGAAGCCUAAGUCAGAUAGAACCAGCGAUGAUGUCUCGGUGCUGAACUGUACAGUGACAAAGGUAAACGUCGUCAUCGAGUAAGAUCAUCAGUGACACGCUUGGAUGCUCCCGGUGUGCCACUCUUUUUUCUCAUCGUAUCUUCACAUUAUAUAUUAUGCAUCAUUGAACAUACGCAUGACUACAGUGAGCCUAUUUGUCAAACAUAAGCAGGGACGUUAUCGAGCCACCGAUAAUAUGGCAUCCAUAGGGUAAAUCGUUAGCCGUAAAACGGCCAACAAAUUUAGCUGUUGUUGACUGCAAAAUUUUAUUGAUUCUUUUGUACUUUCCGGAGCAGCAUCUGAAAUCAACUUUUUUAUAUCACUACCACUCGAUUCUAUGAAGCAAGUUCGUUUUCUACCAUGUAAAGUAAUAAAGAUAAAAAGUGAAAGUCUUAAGCUGGCUUUUUUCCGCUGUCUUUGUUUCCUUUCGACGGAAAUAAUCGAAGAACAAAUAGCGACGUAACUGGAGGCUAUUGCGUGAUAACUUUCCGGUAAUCUUGUGCCACGUGACGUAAGGCAACCGAUAGCGUCGCUCGAAAAUUAACGAGUGGGUUAUAAUGUUUAAUAUGAAUUAUUUAAAAAAUGUAAUUACAAUAAUGGCGAUCUUAUGAUACCUUUUCCCUCAGCUCGACAAAGUUAUUCAAAGUAACUUAAGCGAGUCUUGCCAGAAUGUGACCUGGAACUCAGCGUUCGAGGACUGCAAAUUGAAAUGUUGCUGUUCAGCCAAUUCUUGCGAAGAAACACGUAAGUUUUCUUGAAAUUCAUAACUGGUCUUAAUAUCUUUAUAUCAAGGAGUGUGCAUGUACAGCGAUUCUCAAAAAAUGUUUUUACUUUGCAAGCAAGAUGUUCAGCUAGUAGGGACUGGUCGUAUUGAUCUCCCGCAGGGCAAAAAAAAAGGGGUGAAAGGAUUUUGUUUGUGACACCAUAAAAUUUACAUGAACCCCCUGAGGUAAAGUCUGUAGCCUAUUUUCCCACUUAGGCGGAGCUCAUUCCGGUUUUUAUGUUGCAUGAAACGACUAGGAGUAUUACCACUCUCUCCUGGAUGGGAUGCUAAUCCAUCACAAGGUUACCGCCCCAGCAUUUCAUCAGGCUUCCCCAACAAUUCUCCGGUACCCAUUUAUACUCCUGGGAGGAGAGGGACAGUACCCAUUUAUACUCCUGGGUGGAGAGAGACACUGUGAAAGUAAACUAUUUUACCCAAGAACACAACAGAAUGACCCAACUAGGUCUCGAACCCAGACCUCCUCGUCCCGGAGUCCAUUGCACUGACCAUUACGCCACUGCAACUAGAGGCCCCCUCCCCCCCUCCCCGCCAAGGCUCUGUAAUAUUCUUAUGACCCCCAAGUCAAUUUUCUUUAGUCCUCUCUUAGGCCUUGUUGGCAACAACUGAUCCCCCUCCAUCCCCCUUGAAAACAAUGUGAUGCCCCCAAAUUCCUCCCCCCCCUCCUCCCACAGGCGAUAAGCAAUGACUGGUGCCUUCCCUGUUGAUGUUGGAAUUGUUUCGUUUGCUUUUCCAUUAUAUACGUUUUAUAGUGAGCUCGAGGACAAAAACUUCCUCGAGAGAUAAACUUAUUUUUCAGUAUGAUAGUGUUUUAUCAUGGCUCUCCCUCUUUAGUCACUUUCAAUAUAGAUCACGAGUUUUCCGUUGUUAGUCUUCUUCAGCGUGGUCCGGCAAGAAACCUCUCUUGGGUUAAAUGGGAGGGAAGUUGAACAAUCUAGUUCUUACUCUCUGAUUUCUUUUUCAAAUUCAAGCCCCAGCCGCUGAAAGUUGUAAGGAGCUGUACAACACAAAUGGGUAAGUUCUUUCCAUCCAGCAGAACGCAUUUUACAGUAUAUUGUAAAUUAGAGGAUGUGUUUCGCUAGUAUCCCAAGCUGCCUUGGGUGCGACUAUCGCUGCAGGUAAGAAAGACUUUGCAUGUACCUCUACUUUCAAGAAUUGUUCAUUUUCGUUUUUUGUAAUUUUCCUCACUUUUCAGAUCUGAUGUCAACAAGGCUUACCCUCUGAAGCUGGGGAAAAAGAUCCUUCCAGUUUACUGUCACAUGACAGCUCUUAAUGGAUGUGGGGGUGGUGGUUGGACUCUGGUGAUGAAAAUGGACGGUUUAAAGGUAAACAUGAAACGAUGCUCUUAA